AUGGCGGUCGAUACGUCAAUCAACAUUCCCCAAAUCGUGGCGGUAGUCGUCGUUGGCUUCCUCGCCAUUCGAUGGUACAUGAGCAAACCUCCCACCACGUCCGGACACCCUGCUUCAUCCUCUUUCAGAAAUCGCGUGGAUCCCGCCAAAGUAGACGCCGUCUCGGCCGUCUUUCCUCAACUAGACCGCAGAAGCAUCGCCUGGGAUCUGCAACGCAAUGGCGGAAAUGUAGAAGCCACGACGGCACGGGUGCUGGACGGGAGAGGUCUCGACAAUCCACCACCGACGUUUCGACCUGAAUUGCCAACGACGCCGGCGACUGCGACUGCUGCGACUGGUGGGAGGUCCGGGAAUGGGGGGAAGGCGCAGACUCAGGACUUGAUCACUCGAUAUGGGCUGCAAGGCAAGGUGGGAAAUGGGAAGGGAAAGGAGCCGAUGCCUAGCGAAGAAGAGUUGGCGAAGCAGAAGAAGAACGCGUGGAGUGCGGAUAAGGUGCAGAGGGCGGAGGCGUUGAAGAGGAGAAGAGAGGAGAUGAUUCUGGCCGCGAGGCGGAAGAUGGCGGAGAAGGAUGAGGCAUAG